UGCUGUGAUAACCCGAGCAAGAUCGAAGCAUGGGUGGGCUCAAGCUUGUUCUCAAGCUCGGGAGGCUCAAAAUGACGGUGUUCUCCGCAGUCACCUACGGGACCGCGGCCAGCGUGGCGAAUCUCGCGCUCCUUGAGGCCGGCUCGCCGAGCGAGUUUCACGCCGGUCUUUUCCUUGCAGGGUGGGCAUUCGUGUUCUUCACGCAGCUCGUGGCGCACUUUCUAGGUGAGAGGCAUCAACACACCAAACACAACGUGACGUUUCGGAGCUGCACAAUAAUAUAA